AGCGUGCUGUUGGAUAAAGAGCACGUUCUCGAGUUGCGUAAGUGCCACCAGUCACUCCCCCAACCCUGCAACCGCCCCCAGCUUCACUCAGCGCAGGCUUUGUCGCACCAGUUGUGAUAUAAUCUCAUAAACUCCCCACAAACUCCUUAACCUCCACCUCCUCCACCACCACCACCACCGCCGUGACUACCGGCUGCACAAACCGUCCCGCCCAUCAACGCGCAGCAUGUCAACCGAAAAAGUUCCUGACACCCCAGUGGAGGUUAUUGUGGAUCUAUUAACAAAAGCGCGGGACAUCGCUGCAGCAUGUGGGACCGUUCCAGAGGAGCUGAUCGGCCACUUGCAAAGAGCUCUGGAGAUUUCCAGCGGCCUGGAUGAUUACCUGGAGAAAAUGACCACACAGGAGAGUGAACCUCUGGCGGAGCUUUAUAAAAAAACUAUUUCUCAUGACUGGGAUCGAGUCCACAAAGAGGGAAAGACCAUGUUCCGGCUUCCCAAGGAGUGCAUCACUGGACACGUUGAAGGCCAGACCCUGAAGAUGCUGAUCCACAUGAGUCACGCCAAGAGGGUCCUAGAGAUCGGGAUGUUCACCGGCUACGGAGCUCUGUCCAUGGCCGAGGGCCUCCCAGAGGACGGUCACUUAGUGGCCUGCGAGCUCGAACCAUACCUCAAAGAGUUUGCUCAGCCCAUUUUCGACAAGUCUCCACAUGGAAAAAAGAUCACUGUGAAGACUGGGAGUGCCAUGGAGAGUCUGAAGGAGCUGGCUGCAGCCGGGGAGCAGUUUGACAUGGUCUUCAUUGAUGCUGACAAGAGUAAUUACAUCAACUACUACAACUUCAUCCUGGACAAUAAUAUGCUGAGCUUGGCAGGAGUCCUCUGUGUCGACAACUCUCUGUUCAAAGCAAAGGUUUACCUUAAAGAUAGCAAAGACAGCAACGGGCUGGCGCUCCGAGACUUCAACCAGUUCAUCUCCAAUGAUCCACGAGUGGAGCAGGUCAUCGUCCCUCUUAGAGACGGCCUCAGUCUCAUCCGUCGGGUGUCUAUGGCCCCUGAAGGCUCACAGUCUCAGUUCAAGAUAACGGACGACGAGGUUUUCCGCGGGGUCAAAGGGCGCUCCAUCCUGGACCGGAUGCGCCUGGAUGGAAAGGUGGCCUAUGUGACAGGUGCUGGACAAGGCAUAGGCCGGGCGUUCGCCCACGCUCUGGGCGAGGCUGGAGCGAAGGUGGCCGUCGUGGACGUGGACCAAGUUAAAGCUGAGACAGUCGCUCACGAGCUCUUUCUCAAAGGUAUCAAUUCCAUUGCAAUCACAGCUGACAUCAGCAAACCAGAGGAUGUCCAGAAGAUGAUCGACACCGUCGUCUCCAAAUGGGGAGCGAUCCACAUCGCCUGUAACAACGCCGGCAUCAACAUGAACUCUGCCAGCGAAGACACCAGUCUGGAGGAGUGGGACCAGACCUUCAGUGUGAACCUGAGGGGCACCUUCAUGUGCUGCCAGGCAGCAGGUCGAGUGAUGUUGAAACAAGGAUAUGGCAAGAUUAUCAACACCGCCUCCAUGGCCAGUCUAAUAGUGCCCCAUCCUCAGAAGCAGCUUUCCUACAACACGUCCAAAGCUGGAGUUGUCAAACUGACUCAGACCCUGGGAACUGAAUGGAUUGACAGAGGGGUGCGUGUCAACUGCAUCUCACCGGGGAUCGUUGACACCCCUCUCAUCCACUCGGAGGAGCUGAGGCCUCUGGUGCAGCGCUGGCUGUCAGAUAUCCCUGCUGGUAGACUGGCUCAAGUGACAGACCUGCAAGCUGCAGUGGUCUACUUGGCAUGUGACGCCUCCGACUACAUGACAGGGCAUAACUUAGUCAUAGAGGGUGGGCAAAGUCUGUGGUAGAAAGGGGUAGAUGAAGAGAUGGAAACUUUUUUUUUUCUCUCCUCCUCUUCACUCUCUGUGGUUUCUUAGAUUAAAGAAAUAGGUGGCACUCCUUCUGACACAUUCACCGCGGUGUUAAAUGCUGCUGGAUGUGGUCCUGUAGAGGUUCAGAUUGCUGUCCUGUGUGUUGCUGCUGUGGUGCGCUGAACUUCCUUUACCUCAACACGUAUUUGAAAUCAAUUACAAGCCUGAGAAGAUUACAGCGAAGCCCAGGAUAGACAGUUUGAUACAUAACGCAGCUAAAUACAUUCCAGCAAAAGUUCUCUGAAUAAAAUCAUAUCAAGUGAA